AUGGCUGCUGGAGGGAUUGGUCCCAACAAUGGUGAUCCUACAAAGAAUUACCCUGGAGAAAUCACUUUCUAUGUGUUGGUAACUUGCAUUGUCGCUGCCAUGGGGGGUUUGAUUUUUGGUUACGAUAUUGGUAUCUCAGGUGGUGUGACAUCCAUGGAUACCUUCUUGCAAAAGUUUUUCCCUUCGGUUUAUCAUAAGGAGGCCUUAGAUAAAUCAACCAAUCAGUACUGUAAAUUUGACAGUGUGACACUGACCAUGUUUACAUCUUCUCUAUACUUGGCUGCACUUUUGGCAUCGUUUGGUGCAUCAUGGGUGACCAAGAAGUUGGGUAGGAAAAUAUCCAUGCUCACUGGUGGUUUGGUUUUCUUGGUCGGAGCUAUCAUCAAUGCUGCUGCUCAAAAUAUUGCCAUGCUUAUCAUUGGUCGAAUUUUAUUGGGUAUUGGUGUUGGCUUUGCUAAUCAGGCUGUACCACUUUACCUCUCAGAGAUGGCUCCAUACAAACUUCGAGGUUCUCUCAACGUUAUCUUCCAACUAUGUAUUACAGUAGGCAUUUUGAUGGCCAAUGUUGUUAACUACCUCACACCCAAGAUCAAAGGUGGCUAUGGAUGGCGUGUUAGUCUAGGUGGUGCAGCUAUUCCUGCCCUCUUCAUUGUGGUCUCAUCAUUUUUCCUCCCCAACACCCCAAACUCAAUGCUCGAGAAGAAUGAACCCGAAAAAGCCCGAGCAAUACUCAAGCGAAUUCGUGGUGUUUCUGAUAAGGAAAUUGAGGCCGAGUUCGAGGAUCUUGUGGCAGCAAGUGAAGCCUCCAAAGCUGUUGAACACCCUUGGAGAAACAUCCGGAAUAGAAAGUAUAGGCCUCAAUUGAUUAUGUCCAUGGCUAUUCCAUUUUUCCAACAAUUUACAGGCAUCAAUGUUAUCAUGUUCUAUGCUCCUCAGCUUUUCAAAACAAUUGGGUUUGGGGAUAAUGCUUCUCUCUUAUCCGCACUUAUCACUGGUGGAAUAAAUUGUUUUGCUACAUUGGUCUCCAUGUAUGGUACUGAUAAAUGGGGUAGAAGAUUUCUUUUCCUAGAGGGUGGAAUUCAAAUGCUCAUAUUUCAGGUUUUGGUGACAGUCUUCAUUGGAUGGAAAUUUGGAGUAUCAGGUCAAGUGAUUGACUUGCCGAAGUGGUACGCUGGCCUUGUUGUGUUCUUCAUCUGUGCCUAUGUAGCUGCUUUUGCGUGGUCUUGGGGGCCAUUAGGAUGGUUAGUGCCAAGUGAGAUUUUUCCACUAGAGAUUCGAUCGGCUGCACAGAGUAUCACUGUCUGUGUGAACAUGCUUUUCACAUUCAUUGUGGCCCAACUAUUCCUUACCAUGCUCUGUCACUUGAAGUUUGGCUUGUUCAUCCUCUUUGCUUUUUUCGUGGUACUCAUGACCCUCUUUGUCUAUUUCUUCUUGCCGGAGACCAAGAACAUUCCCAUUGAGGAAAUGACAAGUGUGUGGAAGGAGCAUUGGUUUUGGAGGAGAUUCAUGCCUGAAGAUCAACAACCCCAAGUUUAAACCUUGUGCUAGCAUAUAUUUUUUAUCGGUCUAUUAAUUACUUUGGUUUUUAAUUUCGCUUUAGUAUCAUACUGGAACCCCUUCACUAUUUUGUA